AUGGCAAGGCACAGACAUGAGGCACCGUCCAGACCUGCGGCCCGAGAUGAUCCUGAACGAGAUUCAUGGCGACCAGAACGUGGCCGAUAUCGCAGCCGAGAUCCUCGUCCCCUUCACCAUCGAAAUGCCAGAGGCCCAUCUUCCGUCCGAUCAGUGGUAACCAAAACUAAACAUGAACGCGAAACGAACCCAUCGACACGCAUCCAUUCUCUACGUAACCUACUUUCGCGAGACGUCUUGCCCAUGACUGUCCGACAGGAGAAAGAACGCGAACUCGCAGCACUGCUCCUGGACCAACAGAAAUAUCUUGUAAAACAAAACGAGAAGAGGAAUUUGGAACGAUAUCAUUUUGUGCGAUUCGUCGAGCGCAAGAAGGCCGAGAGAAAACUGAAGAUGCUGAUCAAAGAGCGCGAUUCAAGCCCAAAAUCCGAUGAAGCUUCCCAGAAAAAGCUAGAUCGUUUGAUCCACGAGACCGAGGUGGAUUUGAAUUACACGCUCUACGCACCGUUGGGCCAGAAAUACAUCAGCUUGUUCGUCCAGGAUGAGCGAGGAAAGGAGAGGAGCAAGAUGCAGAUGAACGAGAGGUCAUAUGCCAUCCCGAACGAGGAGCUGAAAGAAGAGCCGGACAAUCUUCGAGACGAGCAGAGCCCUGUCGCUCGGUCUGCCACGGGAUCAAAACCGCCCAUGUGGUAUGAAGUCGAAAAAUACAUGGCGGAGGGACAGGCUAAACUAGAGGCCCUGCGCGAAGGAAGAUUGACGUCGGGGAACAAGCCGAGCAAAGCGUUCACGGCUUUAGGGGGCAGAGAUGAUGCAGCUUUACAGAACACAAACGGACAAACCAUCGAGGCCAGAUCACCCUGGCUUGGUGGCGACGGUUUCAUAGAUCCCGCUGAUUUGAACAGCGGUGGUGACGAGGAAAUGAGCGACGGCGGAUUCUUUGAGCGAUGA